AUGUUUGACGGGCGCACAGUACAACCUCCACGGUCUACUUUGACAGAUGGCAGUGACAUUUUGAAUGAAAAUACUGAUCAAGAGGCCGAAAACCUACUUUACCAUGAGUUCCAAAAGAGCACAAAGGGGCCAGAGAGACGACAGGGGAGAGUGGCUUUAGGUGAUGUGACCUCUCAAAAAGCAAAUAGAAUACAUAACGCCAUUAAAAAUAAGUUUCACCAGGCGAGGAAUGGUUUUGACAAAGAGAAUAUACAAUCAACUUUACUGAAACAGGAAUACACAGGUGAUAAUGAAGAUGAAGACUUUAUACUCGAUAGUUGUGAAGAUUCUUCUACUGAUGAAGGCAACAAAUACGAUAUUGAUGAUUUGCUAACUCAGAGAGUAAAAAAUYAGCAACUUCAAACCAGUCAAAUGUACGAGGAUUCCGAUGGGGAAAUGAUAGAAACUACAGAGGAAGAUGAGGACAGCGUACUUGAACCACUAUCUCCCAUAAACAACGAUGAAAUCCAGAAUGAAUUGGACAAGGCAUUUGAAAAAUACUUCCAAUCAGUACCUGAUCCGCUGGAUGACGACACUCAUGAUGUGGUGAUGGUUGUAGAAUAUGCAUCGGAAAUCUUCUAUUAUUUAAAAGAGCUCGAAGUGAAAUAUAGACCCAACCCGUAUUACAUGCAGAAUCAAGUAGAACUAACAUGGCCGUUCAGAAGAACUAUGAUAGAUUGGCUUGUUCAGCUGCAUUUUAGGUUUCAGCUUCUACCAGAAACACUAUAUUUAACGAUUAACAUAGUGGAUAGGUUUUUAUCAAAGAAAACUGUCACUUUGAAUAGAUUCCAACUAGUUGGUGUGUCUGCAUUGUUUAUUGCUGCCAAAUUUGAAGAGAUUAACUGCCCCACUUUAGAUGAUCUAGUCUACAUGCUAGAAAACACAUAUAACAGAGAUGACAUUAUAAAAGCUGAACAGUACAUGAUAGACACAUUAGAAUUUGAAAUUGGUUGGCCGGGCCCCAUGCCAUUUUUAAGAAGGAUAAGUAAAGCUGAUGAUUAUGAUUUUGAACCAAGAACUUUAGCAAAGUAUUUAUUGGAAACUACAAUAGUAGAACCAAGAUUAGUAGCGGCUGCUCCGAGUUGGUUAGCUGCUGGUGCUUAUUUUUUGAGUAAAAUAAUACUUGGUUCGAACGAUUGGUCUUUAAAACACGUCUUUUAUUCCGGCUAUACAUCCGACCAAAUAAUCUCUUUAGCUUCACUGAUAUUGGAAAAUUGCAAAAGUGCAUCUCGACGUCAUCAUUCAAUCUGGAAAAAAUAUUCCGAUCAGCGACAUUACCGCUGUUCUCAAAUUGUAGAAGAAUGGAUUGUUUCUACAGAGUCUUAA